UUAUAUGGCAGGCGCGGGCCGCCGCCGGCAUUGACUGUGCGACCGUCACGCCGACAGCCGACCUCACCAGCGCUGAACCACACGGGACACAGAACAAAAAUGCGCCUCCUCCUGUCCGCCAUGUUGUUGCUGUCCGCCAUGUUGUCGUGCGCGACGCAAGCGCAGUACCCGCGCCCGCGCCGCCCCGAGCGCUUCGACACCGCCGAGCAGAUCUCCAACUAUCUCAAGGAGUUGCAGGAGUAUUACUCCGUGCAUGGGAGAGGAAGAUACGGCAAGCGACAAAUGCACAUAGCUGAUGCGUCAGUAAUCUUCCGAGAGAGCCCAUUCUUCGAGCAUACCUUCAACGACGAACCGGCUUUUAAACCCCUCGGCUAUUAGUAAAUUAAUUAAUUAAUAAUGUAUAAUUAACAACAAUAAUCCAAAA